CUAAUCGGCCAUUUUGAGUGCACCUGUUGUUUGAGUUAUUCAACAGUGUGUGAGCAGUGCUCACUUGUACAAGUGCACAUUCACACAAAAGCCUCAGGAGAAACCGACAAAACAUUCAAACCCCAGCUUUCCGAUAAAAAGCUUCAUUUUCUUUCCCCCAAGGACUCCUCCUUGGCCUCACAACCAAGUGAGGUUUUUGAAGGGAACUUGUGUUUAGUAAUUUGAACAUGCAUCUGUGUGUGUGUACACACUGCAUGUCUGCAUAUUCACAUGUAUUUUAAGCCAGUUGCUCAUCUGCAAACUUGUGUGUGUGUGUGUGUGUUUCUGUUUGAGGGGAGCGGAUGAGCUGAGAGGAGUAAAAAUGGCAUUUAAGGAGAGCCACUGUGUCCCUCUCUGCAGAGGGCUUCUGUGCAGUCAUUAAAUAUUUACAUGGUAGCUGUCCAUUUACGGCAAUGGACACAAGAUUCAUAGUCAAUACUUUACUCAGGGUAAAUUUACAUUAGUAAAUCGAGUGGGAUAUUCUUGCAGUUCUCUACAUUUUGAGUGACGCAUUACUUUUCUAUCUCAUUUUUGGGAAACACAAUUUGCACACAGGAUCACACAGUGGGCUGCUAGGGUCCCGCAGCCACAAAAGACCAAACAGAUUUGUCCAAUAAUAUUCAAUUGCAGGUCUGACAUAUCACCUUUUCAAUCAUAAACUUUAUUCAAGACCCAGUGUCAACACAUUCAGCUUUUUUUAGACUUCUGUUCAAUUGUUUUACUCCAAGCAGCAGAUUUCAAGAUCAAAUAGCGUACAUUUUGAGCCUGAGUGAAAGUGAAAGAGAAAAGUCAGAAAAGCACAGCUAUCUGGGCAAAAAAAAUUAAAUAGAAAAGGGCAGGAGGAAGGGUACUUUUUUUUUUACUUCUUCAUAUUUAAAAUGUCAAGAUGUUCUGCUGAAGAACUAAAAGCUAAGGAGACAAUAAUAUUCUGAUAUGCUUUUCGAAAAGGUCCGAACCUCUCCAUGAGAAGCUAACUAACAGCCUUUUCGGUGAGUAGUAGAUAGGCCUAACUGCCACAGUUGUCAUUUACAGAUUCAAUCUGUUCUCUGCACUCUAGUGCACCACACUGAAAAAAAACUUGAAUGUGCAAAGAGUUGCAAAGAUAUUUAGAUGGACAUUUUUAAUUGUCCAUCUUAUUUCACGUAGCUCUCCAAAGGGUUUCAGUGUACCGUCAUUCUAAGACAUUGUAUAAUUACAGACAACAUAUUGGAACCGAUUUCGUGGUAAGUAAUAACUGCGUAGCGUUAUGGUUUCGUUUGUUGCUUUUUUUGCAUCAUUUUAUGUAAGCUCUAGCAACUCAAUAUUCUACUGGGCUAUUUUAUGAAGCAACAGCCUGCCGAUUUCUGUGUAUUUUUCGUUUUAAACCAUUGUUUUGUGCUUGACAGAAUAACACCCCAAAACAUGUUUGCUGCUAGCUAACCAUGAUGAAGGUGUAACCUGGUGUAACUGAGCCGACGAACACAUGAAACAACAGCCAUGUCAAGCUCCCAACAACAUCAAGCACGCAGGACAGGAUACUCAAUAAGUGCUAUGGAUCAGGCGUUGUGGCAUAUAAGUCUACUACUUAUAAUCUCUUGUGAAAACGGCUGGAACAGAGGAUUUGAUUUUGUGGACUCUGUACCAGUUCAAUUUCAAUUGUAUCCACAAGAUCAUCAACGCCUUGUGGUAAACUGGACAGCAGACAGCACAGUUCCAGAUGUUACUUAUGAAAUUCAAGUGACCCGCACAAAUACCUUAAACGUGAUUGAAAGCAUAAAUGUAAGCAUUAGACCACAAGAAUUUGGAGAAUCAUUCCACACUUGGACAUGGACAUCGAAAUUGCCUUUACAAUGCACUGAUCACUCUGUGAGGAUGCGGACUGUCUACAACUCUACUUUUGUAGGUAACUGGAGCCAAUGGAAAACACAUUUAGGUGUACAUGAAUAUCAAGACCAAGUCUGGCGUGAGCCGCAGAUGUUUCCAUCUGAGGAGGUUCUCCAGGAGAGAUCAGAAGUUCACUUCUGUUGUGUGGCACCAAGGGAUGCCCAAGUCAUCAACAUAAUCUUCAACAACACGCAGUACCCCCUCAUCAACAUCGGUAGCCAGGUCAAAGCCAUUGCAGUGGACAAUCUCAAUAUCACCUCCGACCUGGGGGUCAUCUUCCAGUGUCUUGAUUCUAACGAAGAUGAGAACAUAACUGCAAACUUUGUCUCAUUCCCUCCACAGAAACCAAGAAAUCUGAGCUGUGAGACAGAGGAUUUAAAACUUUGGAGUUGUAAAUGGGAUCCUGGAAGACUACCUAACUUGCACCAUGCACCAUACAACUAUACCCUGCUUGUAAAGAACUCUGGUCGUGAUCUCAUCUGGUGUGAAACAUCCUCAUGUAGCUUUCUGGUUUUCUCACACCUGCAUGAGUAUAAUGUCACUGUGAUGGUAACAAGCAUUCUAGGGCAAAAAUUGGAGAGCAUCAGGUUCAAUGCACUGGACAGAGUUUUUCCAGUUGCCAAGAGUUUGUCUAUGAGGCCUGGUGUUACUGAAGCUAGCUUGUCUUGGACUAUUGAGGGGAACUUUACCAAGAUUCUAGUGAUUUGCCAAGUCCAAAUGAACCCUGAGGGAACAGUCAUGGACAUUGAACAGAUUGUAGGUUUAGUGCUACACUUUGCUUGCCAACUGAAAAACUUAAAACCCAGCACACAGUACUCUGUAAAGGUACGCUGUGCAGUUUCUGGGAAAAGAUGGGGAAAGUGGUCUGACCCACAGUUCUUCACCACAUAUCCCCUGGUAGACAUCUGGAGGAGCAUACAAGCACUUCCAAGUGGUCGCAGUGUUAUUGUAACAUGGAGGACAUAUGCCAGUGGCACACAGUUGGAUGUCAAGUCAUAUGAAGUUCAACUGCAGCAGGAGAACAAGCUGGAGAAGUUGUGCACUAACACAUGGCUUCAUCAGACUGAAUUCUUAAUCGAUGAGCGAGGAUGUAAUAUUUCUGUCCGUGCCAUUACCAGAGCUGGUACCUCUGCUCCAUCUCAUAUCCUCAUCCCUCCUGCAGAACGCUCUGAAAAUAAUGUUAUCGUAAAGAGGAUUGUUGGCAGUACCGGGACUGGGUUUAUGCUGUUAUGGAUAGAGGAUGCCAGUGCUAUGUGUGGGUAUACAAUAGAGUGGUGUCAGAAUGGGACUGGAGUACUGCCUUGCAACCCUAGCAACCUUCGGUGGGAAACAGUGCACCAAAGUAACACCUCCUUAUCACUCAGAGCAGGGGCGUUUAUCAGUGGACGCAGAUACACCUUCAACGUGUUCGGCUGCAGAGUGGAUGGACACCACCUAAUUGACACACACGUUGGCUACUUACAAGAACAGAAACCUACGCAGUUCACAAAAAUACAAGAUUCUCCAGUGGUGACAUCUUCCUCUGCAAUAAUUACAUGGACUUUUCCAGAAGAUCAUCCCCUGCACCCUGGUUUUAUCACAGGUUACCUUGUGACUGUGCAGGAUGGCCAAGGGAGCAACCAGAACCAUACCUACACCAUUUCAGUAGACAACCCACACAGGAAGACCAUCACAGUGAACAGUCUGAUGGAGAACAAAGAGUACACCUACUACAUACAAGCCUGUACAUCAGUGGGCCCUGGUCCUCCUACACACCGCCGGUUCAGAACCUCCCCCGACUAUUCUCUGUUUUGGGUGAAAAUUGUAAUACCGAUGGCUUUCCUCUUUGGUUGCUGUACACUUCUAUACUGGACAAGACUGAGGAAUACAGUUGUGGAAAUUUUCACGCAUCCAACCAAGGUGAAUGUGAAAAUAGUAGAGCUGGACAGCUGCCUUUACGAGAUGAGCAAGAGGAUUGGAGCCCUGAGAGUGGAAGACUGCAUGUGCUGUGACCUCGAGAUCAUAGACGUCAGGCCAGGCAUGGCAGAGCGGAAGUUUAUGAUCUGUCCCAACGACGCCGGUUGUUCUUCCGUCCACCCAACAGAGCACUGCUACAGCACGGAGCUGCUCGACGAUGUCUGUGACGAUCCCGUUAGCGACAGCAGCAUGAACGUGUGUAAUUUCACAUACUCGCCAACCAUAACAGAGGUGUCGUUUUGUAGGUCAUCGUUCAGCUCUGACGGUCUCAUAGAGGGACAGCCUGUCCCACCACACAGCACAUGCAUCAAGGGCUAUGUUACCUCCGCAGUUGUGCCAACGUGAAUUCUGGCCUGUAUUUUCUCUCCGUGUCCUACUCGUUCCAGUUUCAUGCAUUACACUUCUAUUUGUUGCAGAAACUUUGCAAGAGGAGGAUCCAUCUUUUUCGAAGGCAAUAUUGUUAAAUGUAUGUAGGCCUAUGUAGUCACACAAACCAAGGUGUUAGGAAUGUGUCAUAUAUGGAGAGGCAUCAUUAACACAAAAUGUGUAGUUUGUAUAUUGUAUUCAAUGUUGUUUUUUUUUUUUUUUUUACAAUAAACAAAAAAUCAAGAUGAUAUUGUGACCAGGAUGCUACAGGCUGUGUUGUAUUUAAAAUGCAAUUUAAAUACAUAUUUGUAGAAGUCACAUGUGCAAUGGUGCGAUGUUAGUGAUUUGAUAUGUAGCUAAGGCACCCAUGCUGCCAACAAGAGUGCUGUUUCAUAUAAAUGUAGGCCUAAUUACAAACCAAAUGUUAAACUGUUUAUAAACAUUAAACUGUUCAUAAAUGAAGUAUAGGUAUUUUAGAUAUAUAAGGACUAUAACCAUAUUGAAAUCGACACAUCUCCCUUUAAAAGUUUCCUACAUUUUCAAUAUUGGAAUCAGAACCCCGUACCUGAAAGCCGCAAUAAGGAGUUAUGUUCCAAAACUAGCAAACUAACUACCUAAAAGGCAUGCAAAAACCACCAACAGCCCAGUUGAC